GGGCGAGGGCGAGAACCCGGUCACCAUGUCAACCGCGAGCGCCACGGCAAAAUGGGGGUUGCUGCGCAGGUCGAUCGUAGGCGACCGAGAUGCCGAAGUUUACAAAGUAUCGUUUGUAUUUCCCAAUGGAGAUAAGUAUGAGGGUGACUGUACAAGAACAUUUGAAGGAGUUCUUGAGAGGUGUGGACAUGGAGUUCAUACUACUCCAGAUGGAAUUAUUUACCAAGGAAACUGGAAGAAUGAUAAGAUGAAUGGUUUCGGUAAGCUGGAACAUCCUUCAGGUGCAGUUUAUGAAGGCGAGUUCUAUAACAACAUGUUUCAUGGAACAGGAACCUACAUAUUUACUAAUGGAGCCAAGUACACUGGUCAGUUCAGUGAAAACAGGCUGGAAGGGAAGGGAGAAUUUAGAGAUACACAGGGCCUGGAAUGGGAUGGCACAUUUCAUUACACAGCAGCACCAGGGCUGAAGCUAAAGCUGGAUAUGUAGGAUAAUUUGUACUGGAAGAAAGGCAUCAAACAGUUGUUAUCCAGGCUAUUUCACAAUAAAUAAUUUCUUAGUUC